AAGAAAACAAUUACAUAUGUUUGUAUGUAUUUAUUUGCUUAUGUCAUUUGAUAUGAAUAAGCUAGGCACCUAAGCUCUUUUCCUUCGCUAACAAAUUAGACAUUACCAAUUAUAACAUUCCUCGAGUCACAACUAAAUUUAGCGUUAACGCAAUAUGGCUACUAAUUGGAAAGCAGCAAUAGUAAAGGUAAUGUUGCUAUCAUUUUUCCACUACGCGCGACUUUGCGGCAUCUGCAGCUUUACUUAUCGUAAAAGGCCAACGCCAGCCCGGAAUCAAGAAACAUUCAACAUAGUAACCCGUUCCAAUGCUUCUACAUACACCGUUAUGCAGUGCGUGUGGUACAAAUGGUUCUUUGGCAUAUUGCGAAUGUUGGGUGCCAUCGGCUAUAUUUAUGGCACACUUAUGUUGUGGUAUACCAACGAUCCGUUCUACAAUCUCAUCACAUUCCUGCAGACAAAUCUGAUGGCUACCGGUUCCGUUGUCAUGGGCAUUUGCUUGCUGCGAUCGGGCAAAACGUUCGUCUAUAUCAUAAAUUCUUUCUUCGGCAUAUUCCGACGGGUGCAAUGUUUGACACCAUAUCGUCAAGUAAUGGGUAUGCUUCAGUUAAUGUAUCUGCUAAUCAUAGUUAUUCGUGUUGCGACUUCUGCAUUUAGCUUAACUGAAAUCUCGAACUAUACGGACUGGCGGGAGCUAGCUGUGGUUGCGACGAAACUCUACCUCGAAACUGGUAUAGUUGCUAGCUUGCAUAUAGCGAGUAUCGGUUAUAUGUGUAUUGGUGCACUCUAUAAUUAUAUGAAUCGUUAUAUGCGUGAGGAUCUCUUACCGAAAGCUAGAUGUUUGGACCAUGUGCUAAGACGUAACAAAACUUAUCGUCCGCCACGUUAUGCACGCAAGCUUAUACGCUUGACCAGAGAGCUCAAUAACUGUGUGAGGAUUUAUAAUGAUAUUUAUAAUCUGGCAACGAUGUUUCACCAAAGUAUUCGUUAUCAAAUAUUAUUUGCUCUAUUGUUCGACUUCAGCUUGCUUACGACAGUAAUUUACAGUAUUCUGUACAUAUAUUCAGUAAUUAAAGCUAUGGAUUGGAAUGCGGUAGUUUUUUGCCUACUUAUUAUUGUCGAAGUGCUCAUAAUGAUUUUGUCGGCAUAUUCAGCGGUUCAGGGUGGAACUGCAGCUAAUAAACUAAGUUUGGAUACGGUGUACAUGGGCGGCGAUACGGAAUGGAAUCGAAGUAAAACAUCAGCCGAACAUCAUCAAGUUUUGGGGAACGUUGCCGACUACAACUCACCUAAUUGA